AUGUUUGGUUCUACUAACCCUUUUGGGCAGUCAUCUAGCAGCCCGUUUGCAUCCCAACCGGUCUUUGGGCAGACCAGCAACACAAGUAACAAUCCUUUUGUUCCCAAGCCUUUUGGUAGCACAACUCCGUUUGGUGCCCAAACAGGGAGUUCCAUAUUUGGCGGCACUUCAACUGGUGUAUUUGGUGCAGCUCAAUCUACUUCACCUUUUCCUUCCUCAACGACCUUCGGUGCUUCAUCCUCACCAGCUUUUGGAAAUACAACUCCUGCUUUUGGAGCAGCUUCUAGUCCGGCUUUCAAUAGUUCACCAUCACCUUUUGGUGGUUCAUCUGGUUUUGGUCAGAAGCCUGUUUUUGGAGCAUUUGGGUCCAAUACUACUCAACCAAGUCCUUUUGGAAGCACAACUCAGCCAUCACAGCCCGCAUUUGGGAGCGGUAUAUUUGGUUCCACCACACCAUUUGGUGGAUCAAGUCAGCCAGCCUUUGGGGCUACUAGCACCCCCCCAGCCUUUGGGGCUACAAGUAGUCCAGCCUUUGGUGCUACUACCACCCCAGCGUUUGGUGCUACUACCACCCCAGCAUUUGGUGCUACAAGCACCCCAGCCUUCGGGGCUACUAGCAACCCCCCAGCCUUUGGGGCUACUAGCAACCCCCCAGCCUUUGGGGCUACAAGCAGUCCAGCCUUUGGUUCCACAACAAGUCCUACGUUUGGAAGCACAGGAUCUGCAUUCGGGGUGUCAAAUUCUUCCGUGUUUGGAUCUACGGGAGCCUUUGGGGCUUCAAGCACCCCAGCUUUUGGUUCAUCUGGAUCCACUUUUGGUACUUCAAGCAAUCCAGGUUUUGGUGCGUCAAGUGCUCCUGGUUUUGGUUCAUCCAGUACUCCAUCUUUCAGCUUUACAUCAGCUCCUGCUUUUGGCCAAUCAAAUUCUACAUUUGGUAGUUCCUCAUCUCCAUUUGGAGCACAGAGUUCUCCAUUCGGAACUCAGCCAACACCAUUGGGGAACAAUACCUUUGGGCAGUCAGCUUUUGGGGGCCAACAACGUGGGGGUAGUAGAGUGGCUGCAUAUACUGAAACUCCUGAACCAGAUGGUGGUAGUGGGGCUACUGCUGCAAAAUUGGAGUCAAUAUCAGCAAUGCCAGUAUAUAAAGACAAAAGUCACGAAGAACUUCGCUGGGAGGAUUAUCAAUUGGGGGAUAAAGGUGGUCCAGCUCCUGCAGGUGGGAGUGGCUUUGGCAUGUCUACGGCACAACCAAACUCUUUGAAUACUGCGUCAUCAUUUCCUCAAGCAUCUACAAGUCCUUUUAAUACCGCAACUGCACCUAAUUUGUUUACUCCAAAAACUCCAUCCUUCCCUUCUACAGGCUUUGGAACAUCGUCUACACCAUUCAGUUCAUCAUCUUUUGGGCUUUCUACUUCAACCAAUAUUUUUACCCCAUCAUCAUCUCCUUCGGGUUUUGGACAAACCUCAUCUCCAUCUCUCUUUACUUCAUCAGCGCCAUCCACAUUUUCAUUUUCUGCUCCAGCUCAAACAUCAAAUUCCACAUUUAAUACGGGAAUGUUCAAUUCCACUGCUCCAGUUGCACAGACAGGUAGUACUUUUGGACUAAGUACCACUUCGUUUGGGCAGAACACAGCCCCAUUUGGUCAAUCAAAUGCAUUCAAUACUCCCUCUACUGGCUAUGGUUUGGGGAGCUCCUCUACUGCUAGUGCUACAAGCAACCUGAUGGGUUUUAGUCAACCAGCUCCUUCUUUUCCCCAGCCUUUCCAGUCAUCUCAGACUCCUCAGAACAAUGGGUUUGGAUUCAACAGUUUUAAUCAAACUCAGCCAGGCAAUACAGGUGGCUUGGGUGGUUCAGUGGGAAUUCUUGGACAGAAUAACUUUGGACAAUUGUCUGCUACUCAAAGCUCUGCAGCUGUACAACCAGUACCUGCUACCAAUCCAUUUGGAACGCUCCCUGCAAUGCCUCAGAUGUCAAUUGGUCGUGGUGGAACUGCACCAUCAAUUCAAUAUGGGAUUUCAAGCAUGCCUGUUGUAGACAAACUGGCGCCUGCUAGAAUGUCAUCAUCUUUAGUGACUUCUCGACACCUGACUCAAAGGCGGGUCAGAUUGCCUGUGAGAAAAUAUUAUCCUAAGAAUGAUGAUCAAAGGUUCCCUUUCUUUAUUGAUGAUGAAGAAACAGUCAAUACCCCCAAGGCGGAUGCUCUUUUCCUUCCCAGGGAAAACCCAAGAGCACUCGUCAUUCGUCCCAAAGAACAGUGGCCUCUAAGGGCCAGUGCUGAGAAAGCAUCCCCAUUAAAGGAUACUUCUACUCCGGUGCAUGAGAAUGAAACUCCACAUGAAGAUAGCAUUGUCAAGGAGCGUGUGAAUCAUGUCAAAGCCAACCAGAAACCUAACGGAGUCCAUGAUGAUCAUUCUAUUCAGAAAGGGGACUCAUAUAUGACACUGAGUGGGCAUAGAGCCGGUGAGGCUGCUAUUGUAUAUGAGCAUGGCGCUGACAUUGAAGCACUAAUGCCAAAGCUCCGGCGCUCUGACUACUAUACAGAGCCUCGAAUCCAGGAACUGGCGGCGAAGGAAAGGGCAGAACCUGGGUUCUGCUGUCACGUCAAGGACUUUGUGGUCGGACGAGUUGACUAUGGUAGCAUCAAGUUCUUUGGUGAGACAGAUGUGAGACGCCUUGAUCUGGAAUCUGUGGUGCAGUUUAACAAUCGGGAGGUGAUAGUGUACAUGGAUGACAACAAGAAACCUCCUGUUGGGCAAGGCCUCAAUAAACCUGCUGAGGUAACACUUCUCAACAUUACAUGCAUGGACAAAAAAACAGGGCGCCGGUUUACAGAAGGGCCAAAAACUGAAAAAUACAAGCAGAUGUUGAAGAAGAAAGCGGAGGAUCAAGGUGCUGAGUUUGUCUCUUAUGACCCCUUGAAAGGAGAGUGGAAGUUCAAAGUAAGCCACUUCAGUAAGUACGAGUUGGGAGAUGAAGACGACUGGGAUGUGGAUGGUGCCCAAGAUUGCUGA